UCGUCCGGCUUUGGUAGGAUAUAGAAGGUACCAGCGAUGGAUUUGACGUGGUUGAGCUCCCUUAUUGUUGGAGCGGCACUUGGAUUCUGCAUUGGCACUCGUCGUUCCAAACCUCCUGCUGUUGAUGGAGCUGCUAUUAACAACAAAUUGGUUUCAAAGGAUCCUCCCGAGAUCGAGAAACUCGCUGAUAUUCUAGAUGAUUUCAAAAUGGUUUUGGUAGUGAGGAAUGAUCUUAAAAUGGGCAAAGGGAAGAUUGCAGCACAAUGCAGAUUCAAGGACAGUUAUGGCUAUUCUUGGCGAGUUGUUAUUUUUUUGAUCCAGUUCAUGUUACUGAAAUUUAAAGACUUUGAUGGAUAAUAAUAUAUGAGUUUGAGAGUUGCAAAGACUUUACUGGCCCCUUGGUGCUUGUCCUUCACCCUGUUUUGAUUUUAUAGCUCACAAGAAUCCAACGUAUGAAAAUGUAAGCUAAAAGAAUUGGAUCCGCAACGUUCUAUGGGGGCAAUAGAGAUCUUGCUAGCAUAAUUUGUUUAUCGGAUUUUAUCAGCUUUUCUUAGUACAACAUUCGAAGACUUAUAAGGGUUGUUACUGCUGCAGGACCAGUCCAAGUUGUUGAUGAAGUAUCAGGUGGACUAAAGCUUCUAUAGCAGCUUCAACCCGAUCUCUCAGAUGCACCAAGCACAAGGAAGAGACAUGAACUCCAUUCUUGAUGAUGAUGAAAGCUGUGAGAAAUUUGAAGUGCUGUGUAUACUCAUUCUUGAUGAUGAUGAUGAUGAUGAUGAAAAAUCCCAUUUUAAAGCAUUUUCCCCCAACAUUUAGAUUUUGUUCUCUCCAGGAUCAGUUUCUGAUUGAUUAACCAAUGGUGAUAUCAAUGAUUUCCUGGUUUUGCAUUAGAGGUAGCAGAAGUUCUAAUGGCAUUCCAGGCGCUAGUAUUUUGCUUCAUUAAACAAUUGUAACAUCUUGUUUUACUGGAAGAUAAACAGAGUGUUAUUCUGUAAUUUUUUUUACAAAAAAUUGCUUUAAGUUA